AUAAUUGGCAUUGUGAUUUCACCACAGAGUAGUGAUGUUAUCAAAACCAUGAACUACUUUUUUCUAAAAUAGACUAUCAUACCAUGUGUACUUUCCGGUGAUAGCUACACAACAGGAAGAAUCAUUAUAUGUUACAGUUUAUUAUCAGAAAACUGAAAUGUAACCAUGAAAUGCAGCAACAGCAUAUCAGAAACCAUUGAGAUGGCAAGCAACGAUGAAGCAAGAGAAUUACUGCCUUUUAAUACAUUGGCAGAAUUAUAUGAUACUCUGAACAGUAGAUUAAUAGAACUACCAUUGGUAUAUAUUACAGAAUCAGUGGAUUAUGUAUACCGAGGUUCAGAUAUUGUUGCACAGAAAGUUCCACUGGAAAGAGUGGAUAGAGCUGAACAACCCAGAACAUUAGUUUGUCACGAUAUGAAAGGUGGUUAUCUCGAAGACAGAUUUCUACAUGGUUCUACCUCUUAUGAUUCUUAUGUAUUUUACCACUGGAGUAUUGUCGAUACAUUUGUGUAUUUUAGUCACCACUUUGUGACUAUCCCACCUUAUGGAUGGAUCACUGCGGCUCAUCAUCACGGUGUAAAAGUUUUGGGUACUGUGAUCACGGAAGGAAAUAAUGAUACCUGGGAUACAAUUCUUGCGUCGGAAGAAGAUGCAAGAAAAUUUGCAGACGCUCUAGUAAUGAUUGCAAAAAGUUAUCAAUUUGAAGGCUGGCUUUUGAAUAUUGAAAAUAAGAUUAAGCAAGAAGAUAUUAAUAAUUUAAUUUAUUUCAUUAAAUACCUAACAGAAACUAUUCACAAUGAGAUUGAAGAUUCGGAAAUUAUCUGGUAUGAUAGUGUGACUAAUAAGGGUGAAUUAAAUUGGCAAAAUGAACUCAAUGAUAAUAACAAAGAAUUUUUCCUGCACUGCGAUGGUAUAUUCUUAAAUUAUACUUGGACAGAAUUGCGAUUAAGCAACAGUUGUUUACUUGCAAAGGAAUUGGGUCGCGAUAUUAAGGAUAUUUAUGUCGGAUUAGAUGUUUGGGGAAGAGGAUGUCCAGGCGGAGGUGGCUUUAACUCAGCAUAUGCAUUAAAUUUAAUACGGGAAAAAGGGCUUUCAGUUGCUAUAUUUGCUCCUGGAUGGACACACGAAUACUUUGGUCCAAGUACUUUUCUAAUUCUAGAAGAUUUAUUCUGGGCUCAGUUAUUCCCUUAUUUAUAUGUGCACGUACCUAUUUUUGAGAAUGACACAUUUAAAACUUCCUUCUGUCGAGGUGCUGGUAUCUGCUAUUAUUAUAAUGGCGAGGAACAUUUUGAACCGUACACGGUAAACGGCGAAAACACGCCCGAGAAAAAAGCAUUUUACAAUUUACGUAUGCAGCAACUACAAUUGGCAAUUCCUGUGCCAUAUAUGCAAUUUACGCGAUCGACACAACGAAUCCUUACUGGAGAUGUUGAAGAUGAAAAUAAUGAAAGCAACGAAACUUGUAAGAAGAAAGAAAUCCGAAUAGAACGUAUCUACGAAAAUAGGAAGAACAUUAUACGAAUUUGUGGUAACUUAGUCAAGUUUGAAAAUAAAUUAUCUGCCGUCGAUAUUAAUACUUUUGAGUUUUGCGAUCAAUUCUCCUACAAUGGUGGUGGAUGCUUAAAGCUGAUUACUAGAGAUCAUAGAUUAUAUCACAGAUUAUUCCUAGUUCACAUCGAUUUGAAGCAAGACAUCCAGGCGACCGUCAUUUAUACAGAACCCGAGAUUAUUUCGAAUGAGUCUAACAAAAAUCCUAUUUUAAUCCUGGGUAAUAAUGGUAAUUUAAAAUCGAUCCUGCCUUAUGAUUCGAUCAGAAUGAACGCCAAAUGGAGAAAAUGCAUCUAUCUAACAAACUUAAGGACUGUGCAUGAGAUUGGUGUAUCCUUCCUAACAGAAUACGAUUGUUACAUAGGCGAAAUCGUUUUGGAGCAAAGAAAUCGUCAUUUUGGAAGAAUAAUGAAAAGUGAGAGAUUCCAUGCACGGUAUCGUAAAUCUUACGUUAACGGUUUUAUACGGCACUGUAUACGGCAAGCUUUUACUGUAUGUAGUACAUACUUGUAUAGAGGUAAUGGCCGGGCAUGAUGUGCAAUGUAUGCUGCACGUAGACAGGAGCAGACAUUUCAACGACGUAUACCAGUAAAGGAGAAUACCGUAAAGAGGCGCGCACGAUUAACUUUUCAGUGUGCCGAACCGCAUCCAACUACGUGGCAUUGCGCAGCUUUGCUUAUAUUCGCCAUGCAUUGUGGAUUACUUGCACACUUGUCUUAUCUGGUACUCUGGCAUUUAGCUUUCCAGCAGUUAUAUUAUAUACUUUACCGAAAGAUCCGAAAAUAUUUAUUAUAAUAUUACAAUAUUUAUUCCGACUAGGAAGUAGUGGUUAGUAGACGGAAAUAAUUAGGAAGAAAGUUUUAUGUUGUAAGAAAUGCUGUAUUAUAGUGAAAACAAUAUCCGCCUAUUGCCUAAUUUCUUCAAGACAUUAAAAUCACUUUUAUCAAAAAACUUUCGUGAUUUAUUAUGAAAACAGGAGAAUUGUUGAAACAAGAAAGUUUUAAACGCUAUAUUUUUGAAACGCGGCAUUCAUUUGCUUUUAGUUCUGUUGUAGUUGCGUGCAGAAACAUUUCGUAGCAAUACACGAAAGUAUGACCACCAAAUGCCUCGAGGCGAAAAGAUAUGCUCUAGAAGGCUGCAAAAGACUUUGCCAUGUGCUUAAAGCGCAUAAAGAAAACUAAUUAGCUAUUAGAUA